UAGAACAAAUUGCUAAUGAGUUAUGCAAAUGACAUUCAAUAUGAGUCACCUUGACAUCAACGCUCAUUAAUAAAUGGUCAACUUGAUCCACUUCAGUUUGCUUAUCAAGCUGGUGAAGGUGUGGACGACGCCAAGGUUUUCAUUUUAGACACUGUGUACAAACGCCUGGAAAAACCUAAAUCCCAUGCCAGACUUUUAUUCGCUGACUUUUCCUCAGCUUUUAAUAAAAUGCAGCCUCAUAUUUUAAUUGAGACACUAUCCUCUCACUUUAAACUUCCUGGUCAGAUUUUAAUGUUGCUUUUAAACUUUUUAACAGACAGAGUUCAGCAGGUUUUCGUGAAUGGUCAAAUGUCGAAAAUAAUUAUGUCAAACACUGGUUCCCCUCAGGGCUGUGUCCUUUCCCCCCUGCUUUUUAUCAUGUACACAGAUAGCGGCAGAACAUCACAAGAGAACAGUUAUCUGGUAAAGUUCUCAGAUGACACUGUUCUGCUGUACCUCCUUCAGGGCUCAGAAUCAGGCCAUGGCGGUGCUCUACCAACUUUUGUUAAGUGGUGCGAUGGCAACUUCCUGGAUCUUAAUGUCCUGAAAACCAAGGAUUUGGUCAUAGAUUUUAGGAAGAACUGUUGUCACCCUGAAUCUAGCAUUAUCCACAGUGGAGGGGUUAAGUUGGGGAUAAGUGUCUUCACCAAUGGACACGUACCACAUAUGUCUGCAGGAGCUGGGGAUUGAACCUCCAUCCUUCCUGUUGAGAGAUACCCAACUCUACCACAGUAUAGUCCGUAGUGUGGGCUUGCUCUCAACAAAUAUCACACAGAAACCAGAUAACAGGAAGUAAAGUCGACCAGAAGACAUUUACUGCAGCGUUUACAGCAGACCAUCAGUUGUUUGACAGAGCUUACAAUCUGGUUCUAGACAUUUUUUCACCAUGACACCAAAGUCCUGCUUCACCAUCCUUCAUGUGUCCAUCUUGGCUGCGACACUUCUCACUUUGGAAGUUUCCUGUACAGAUGAAUGUGAAGUUCAUAUUAAAGUACGCAGCAAAACAAAAUAUGAAGCUCACCUUGGAGAAGAACUAAAGAUUGAAUGUCCAGUUACGGUCUGCAACGAUUCACCACCUGAAAUCUCCUGGGUUAAACUCGAAGAAACUGGUGAUCCUAUAAACAUUAGCGGGGGAAGUCGCUUCAGAUCAGAGUGGAAAACUUUGAAGCAUUUAGAUGGAGUUUCAGUUUUGAUCAUUCAAAACUUUGUCAGAAACGACUCGGGUAUAUAUCGGUGUAAAAGUGGUUCCACUGUUGGACAUAAAAUCAAUGUUUCUGUCAAUGAUAGUGUUGAACUCAUCACCGACCAAUCGACAACUUCAGAGCCAUGGAGACCAGAAACUGAGGACACUUUCUGGCCUUUUGUGUGUCGUGUUGUUGGACUCUUGGUGUUUGUCGCCAUAGUGAUUGCUAUGUUUGUCACCUCACAGUCUUUGCGUAAAGGUGUCCGAUGUGGAGGAGGAUCCAAAGACACACCAGCAGAUCCAAAAAGCCAGCCUUCCCAUCAGGCUUUGCCUAUGGAUCAUAUCUAUGAUAGUGUUCAGUAGUCCUCAUGUCAGAGGUACAAAGUUAAACGUUACAAUGCUGGGUUAAGAAUAUACGACAGCAUUUAUUAUUGAUUGUUUUUUGUGACUCGUGGAAGUCAAUUUGUGCUUGUGAAUUUCUGCAAAUGAACCUGUGGUGAUACAAGAAGUGACAUUUCUAUAGCUUUCAAACCGCUGUAUAUGAGAUCGAACCUAUGUGUGUGUGUGUGUGUGUGUGUGUGUGUUUUGCUUCCUCUGUAGGUGACAAACUUUGUGCACAAAUCCCCUGCAAGAUAUAUUAUUUUGGUUAUCUGUAUCGCAUUUUGGAGCAGACGCACUGAUGCCAGGAAGCAAAAUGUAACCACACGUCACAUAUUGAGAGACAAAAGACAAGAGGAUGUGUCAUAACAUGAAAAAAUACGCAGCCCUCAACUUAUCACCCAUCUGUUCUAGGGAUCUUAUUUCACUCUAAAAUAUAAAUUAUAAAUGUGAUUUUACCACUUCACAUACACCCCAAUAUUAAAGAUUCACUGAAGAAAUCUAGUUUCUUAAACUGACUAAUGAAAACAACAGCCAACCUGUCAGUCAAAGCAGCCCCGCCAAAUUAUAAUAUAAUUACUAGCUUUCAAAAAAGAUUUUUCAUAAAUUCUUAAAAUUCAUAAAAAUUCACUCUGUAAAGUUUGUGCAAAUAAAUAAAUGAGCUGUCAGAACCAAA